UCAAGCGAGGCGAGAAGCACCAGCGACGACGACCGCGGCAGAGACUUGGACAUUACACGCAGCCUCCUCCGACAGCGGCCGGCGCGCGGAGCGGAUCCAGACGGACCCCGUACAGUUUAUUCCAGCAGCGGAGCGGAGUGGGAAAAGUUGAGAGAAAAUGCAGGCAGUGUACCAGCACCUGAUCAGCCUGCUGCUUGUCUUCAGCAGCCUGCAGGUUCACCAGCUGACGGAGGGCUGCUCGUGCGUUCUGGCGCACCCGCAAGACGCCUUCUGCAACGCCGACAUAGUGAUUCGGGCUAAAGUGGUGGGCAAGAAGGUCCUGGGAGAUGGACAUUUUGGAACGAUGCGCUACACGGUCAAGCAAAUGAAGAUGUACAAAGGAUUCGACAAGGUCCAGCACGUGCAGCAUAUCUACACGAACUCCGCAGAGAGUUUGUGCGGCAUCAAGUUUGACAUCAACAAGCACCAGUACCUGAUCACAGGUCGAGUGUAUGAUGACAAGGUCUACACGGGGCUGUGCGACUUCAAUGAGCUGUGGGAGCACCUCUCAUUGGCCCAGAAGAAAGGCAUGAACCACCGCUACCAGCUGGGCUGCAACUGCAGGAUUAAGCCCUGCCACCACCUGCCCUGCUUCGUGACCUCAAAGAACGAGUGCCUAUGGACGGACAUGCUGUCCCACUUCGGCUAUCCCGGCUACCAGUCCCGGCACUACGCCUGCAUCAAGCAGAAGGAGGGCUACUGCAGCUGGUACCGAGGCAUGACCGCACGCGACAAAACCACCAUCAACACCACUGACCCCUGAAUCCCGAAGCACCCUGCCUGAAAUCCACUGCCGCCUCCCUGACUCCGUCCCAUCCCAAUCACUUCUAGAGUAUUACUGGACUCUUAAAGCUCGCUGGCCUGGGUGACAGCCUCUUUAAAUGGGCAAAAAAAAGAGAAAACAUCAAAUCCAUUACAGUGCCUGUUUCGUAGCACUUCUGACAGAAAACAAUACCUUUUUUGUUUUGCAGAUCGCGCUCUUGAAAUCUUAUUAUCAUUUUCACAAAUUACGAAUCAACAGUCCUUGUACCAAAAUGUCUCAUUGGGAUUCAAUGGUGUUUAAAAUGGGGCAAACAGAGACUUUUAAAAGACCAUAAAGGAGUGUGAGACCUUGAACAACCUUUAUUGUGAUCUUCAGAUAUGAAAAAUUAAUCCCCAAAACAAGCAUUGACCUGUACAGAAUUAAAUGUAUCAAUAAGUAUCAUUGGCAUUAAUUACUGACCUGCACUUAGCCUACAGCUAACCUAGCAUUGCGAUCAUUUUGUGCAUCGAGGCAGUAAAACGUUUAAAAAGCAAGGACUCUCAAAGCUUAAGGUCAUGAAGUAUCAGAUGAAUGUCAAUCAAUGAAAAAAUACAGCCAAUGAUCACUAUGUUGAAAUUUGAGAAGGUGUUACAUUGUUGCUACUGAACUGCGCUAGCUAGCAUUAGACUCAGUUCUGCACAUCAGCAAUACAGAGCAGAGCCAAAAAUCUUUUCAACAAUACAGAUCAAGUGCCAAUGUGAGGUAUGAUUUCUGAACGUUAUACCUCUUACUUUGGCUGAAAAAAAAAAACCUUUUAAAAAUGGUAUUGUUUUACAGUGAAGUACACAUCGAUUAUGUUCAGUUUCUACUGUAACAUGUGUCUUUAUGGAUGGUAGUAUCUCUGCUUACCUGAAUGUUUGCAAUGUAACUCUUUGCAGUUAUAUCACAAACGCCCUUUCUGUUGAGCACUGAUAAAUAUCAGAAAUGCUAAAAAUGUCUGUCUGUUACAGUGCCAACGCAGGGAAGAGCUCACUUCUUGCAGAGAUGGUGAUAUUUUAUUCUUUGCUGUAUAUAACAUAAGCUACAGAAAUGAACUAUCGACUCAGCUGAAACCUCUGUAAUACAUUUAUUUAUAUGUUUAUUGGAUUAUUCUGUAACCAUGUGGUAUAUCUGCAAAAAAAAAAAAAGAAUAAUAACAGGUCAAAACAGCAUUGUGACAACCAUCACAGCAACCAUCCAGAAUGAAGGACCAGCAUCCCCACUGGAAUGAUAGGCUACUAGCCUACUUAUGGUACUUUCUUGUUAUCGUGAUCAUAGUUUCCCCGGCUGGUACUCUUCACCAAUCAAGUGAAAGUCAAGUAUAAACAGAGGUUUCAGACAAUGAGAUAUUUUGUAAGUGUAUAUUCAGUCUUUUUGUAUUUAACUAUUUCAUAUAUAUAUAUAUAUAUUAGUAACAAUAUUGAAAUAUUGUCACUAAAUUCAUUCUUGUUCACCUGCUCCCAUAUAGGGUUUUCUUAUUUUUUUUUCCCGUGCUGUACCUUCAGUCCAUUCCAAUAACAGACACAGAUUUGCUUCAUAGUGAGUGGCCCCUUCAUCACUAACAUUAAACGCAGGCAGCACUGAAGACAAAUACUGGCUUUGACCAAGUUGGUGGUUCAACAUUUUAGAAAAUAUGCUUUGCUUUCUUGCUAAGAGUUAGAUGAGAAGAUUGAUACCACUUAUGUACGCUACGUAUCAAGCAGCAGCCAAUAAGCGCAUCUUACAGUGGCAUAAAGACAGGACACAGCUAACCUGGUUCUGCUCAACUGUAGUAAUAUAUUACAUUAUAGCUGUUUUCAGUUUUUAUGCUAAGCUAAACCAUCUUGUGGCUUCAUAUCUCAUGGCCAGACAUGAGAGUGGAACUGACAUUCUCGUGUAAAUAUCAGCAAGAAAGCAAAUCAGCUUUUUCACAAAAUGUAAAACAACAGAGGAGGAAAACAGCAAUGGCGAUGUGCUCCAAAGUACUCCGCUUUUAACAAAAUAUUCUUCGAUCCAUGUUUAUUUUUAACUAAAGUUUUGUUUUUUUUUUAAGUGAAAUUCUCAAUAGUCUUCAACCUGUUGACACCUGAUUGAGUAUGCAACGUACAGUCAUGAGUCGAGAUUGUGUAUCAGUGUGUUUUUAAGAAGUUACAAGAGAAGUUAUUCAUUACUGACUGAGGGAAAACACUUUCUGGAAAGCAAACCAAUCUACACCAGUACAGAUUUUCUUUUGUGUGUAAAAUAUCUCCUUUGUCUGUCUUUGUGAUGACGAGGCUCUUUCUCCAGCUGUCGCAUUUCUGUGUCACUAUUUCUGUGGUUCAUGUUUGUGUAAAUAUACUGUCUGCUUAACACAGAAACACAUGGUCAAGUUUGAUCCUAAAAAACAAAAAAAUCCAAUCAAGGAAGUUGUGUACAGUCUGUGUGUAAACACUGAUUCCUGAAGUGUGUGGGGGGGUGUUUCCUUGUAGGGGUUAUAGAAAUGUUUGACUUAAUUUCUGUGUUUUAUAUUUUUAUAAUAAAGAUUUAAUGAAAAACGG